AAUGAGGAAAUUAUAAAUGAACAGUUAUGAACUGAUUCUAAAAAUUCUCCAGUUUGUCACCAUUUUAUCAUCAGAAUCACCUAUGAGGCUAUGAGCAUGAUCUAACAUCUCUAACAAUUUAGAUGUAGAUUAAUAUUUUUUUUCUUUUUUUUGUAUUGCUUCAUUUCAUUUACAUCUUGGAUGUUACCUGCUAGGCUGCUUACCAGCUACCACUGCUAGCUAGGGUGCUAUUAGUUGAAAACAUUUACCAAUUUUUAGUGAAUAAAAUCUUGAAUGGGGCCCAAGCUUGUUUAAACUUUAAUCCUAAACUUCCAAAAACCUAUUUUCCACAAAUCAUUAGUAAAGCUGACCUGCCUGACCAUUCAAAUCUUCUUUUAUGGAUAUGGACCAAGUGACAUUUUGAUUUUACCUUCUCUGUAAAUGUCAUUUGAAUGAUUACAUAUGUCAGAUAACGAUCAUAACAUAUCUGCUAAAUACUACCAAUAGGCUAUUUUGGAUGUAUAAGAAUUUCUUAGAAAAGCUGUAUUUGCUCUACCCUUUUAAGAGAAAAACUGUAUUUGCUCUACUCUUUUAAGGAGCAGUUCCAGGAUUUAACUAAAUAAUAACAAUAACAGUUUCAGCAUUUAUUAGGCUGUAGCCCUGAAGGUCUGUUGCUGAUUCCUAACAUUGCAGGACAUUCACAGCUUGUGCUUUGUUGAGGUCUCAAACUCACUGCUCCAAUUUUUCAUUGCUCAACCACCCAGCCUUCUUGCCAAUUCUGUCCAGAAACUGGUGCACAAAACUGGGAUCAAGCCUGCUCCACUCUACUCCAAUCCUGGUACUCUGAACUGUAAUCACUGGGACACAUAAGCCAUGGAAUAAUUUCCCACUGAGCAGGCAGUCAGGACACAGAUGGCCAAGGUUGUUGUGUUAGGAGGAGGUGUUGCUGGCCUUGCAGCCAGUCACUACAUCAGGACGCUGCUGCCCAGCUCAGCUGUGGCCAGUGUCUGCCUCAUUGAGGGGUCACUUCGUCUUGGGGGCUGGAUGCAAUCUGUUCAGCAUGACUCAGGUGUCCUGCUUGAAGCUGGACCUAGAACUCUCAGAGCUGCCGGGACUGCAGGAGCCAACACGCUGGUGCUGGCCCAUGACUUGGGACUGGAGGGGAAAAUACGGAGCGUCUCCUACGGCCAUCCUACCACCAUGAACCGUAUGAUCAAGGUAAACGGCGCGCUGCACAGACUCCCCAGCAGCCUGAGCACUGCUCUGAAGAAGACCCCGCCCUUCACCAAGCCUCUGCUGGUUGCCCUGCUACAAGAUUUGCGCUCGGAAAAAGUUUGUAAUUGCGACGAGUCUUUGUACAGCUUCGUGAACCGCCGGUUCGGUCGGGAGGUUGCAACUUACGUCAUAGAUCCACUGGCGAGAGGCGUCUUCGCGGGGAACGCUCGGGAACUCAGCGUCAAAUCUUUGGCUAAAAGCCUGCACGCUUAUGAGCAGCGGCAUGGCAGUGUUAUCAAAGGCGCUUGUUUUGAUGUUUUCACACAACGGAGUCGCGAUUCCGUGCUCACUCACCCCAUGGUUAAGAAAGCACGCAAGGAAAAAUGGGCAGUUUGGUCUCUGCAAGAAGGAAUUGAAACUCUAAUCAAGGCUUUGGAACGCGACGUUGUUGACAGAGGUGUUGAUAUAAGACUAGGUCAUCCUGUGAAUAAACUUUCUCAAAAUGGCCGCUGCUUGAAAAUAUCUUUUGGCAGCAAUGAGAUAUCUGCUGAUCAUGUGAUAUCGUGUCUGCCUUGUUCCCAAGCAGCAUCGGUUUGUGGCAACCUUAGCAAAGACCUUGCGCAACUCCUGAACGCGAUCCCCUUCGCUACCGUGGCGGUCGUCAACCUGGCGUACGACCGAAGCGACCUAGUGACGCAGCCAGCGUUCGGCUACCUGGUGCCUAGUUGCGAACCUUCUAAAGUUUUAGGCGUCAUUUUUGACACGUGUACCUUCCCUCAGGCAAACAAAACUGUACUGACUGUGAUGAUGGGUGGAUACUGGUUCAACUCUUUAUUUGGCACACAUCCAAGCGAAGAGAAGCUAUUAAGCACGGCUAUUGAUGAACUACGCUCCACUUUAGGCAUCAGUGAUCACCCCAGCGCGUGGCGGACGCAGGUGCUGCGCGCGUGCAUCCCCCAGUAUGUGGUGGGGCACACUGAGGUGGUCGCCUCGGCGCGGCGGCUCAUCGACCAACACAAGUUACCGGUGUCACUGGCGGGAAACUCUUAUGAUGGCGUGGGUGUUAACGAUGCCAUCUUGAGUGCCAAGGCCGCCGUACAGAAUUUGGCGACCACUCUUGGUAUAAAGCUUUAGGAAUUGUUCGAAUAAAUGAUACAGAAAAGC